AUGACUACUAAGCUAGUUUUGGGAGGGUUAACUUUUAACAUAAUCAGUGUGUAUGCGCCUCAGGCAGGUUUGGCUAAGGAGGACAAAAGGCGCUUUUGGGAGGAGUUAGACGAGGUUAUGAGGGGUAUUUCGCAGACUGAGAAACUAUUGUUAGGAGGGGAUUUUAAUGGCCACAUAUGGACUACUUCAGGAGGAUAUGAUGAUGUGCAUGGCAGGAAGGAGCACUUGGUGACCUACCGUAGUGUGGUGGCUAAAACUCAGAUAGACUACUUGCUCGUUACGAAGGGUGGUAGGGGUGUUUGCAAGGAUUGCAAGGUUAUCCCGAGCGAGAAUCUUGCAACCCAACAUAAGCUCGUGGUUAUGGACCUAGAGAUCAAGAUGAAGAAGAAAAAGAGGGUUGCUUAUGACUGGCCAAAGAUUAGAUGGGGAAGUCUGACUGACACCAAAGCUCAGGAGAUGAGGGAGAGGUUGGGGGCUAUGGGGGCCUGGGGAAGCAGUGGGUAA